UGUCAAAACGAGCAACUUUGAAGCUAUCUUCUGACCUCAUCUUCAACAGAUAAGGCAAGCUUUUACUCAGAAACCCACUCACACUCUUCUGUAGUCAUGGCAGAAGUUUCAAGAAUCCUUCAAUCAGGUCUCCUUCCUCCUUUCUCCCACAACUCUCCAUCUCACAUAAUCACUAAUAACAACCAAUUCACUAACUCCUACAAAUUGUACAGAUCAAGAAACACUACUCACAACAUCAUCAGUAUCCGUUGUUCCACAACUGAAACUACCAAACCUACAAAAACAAUGAACAUUCCAUGGGGAUGUGAGACUGAUUCUCUUGAAAACGCGUCGAAUUUGCAGAAAUGGUUGUCUGAAUCAGGUCUGCCUGACCAGAAGAUGGAUAUACAAAGAGUGGAUGUUGGAGAAAGAGGACUUGUUGCUCUUAAUAAUAUCAGGAAAGGGGAAAAGCUUCUUUUUGUUCCUCCUGAACUUGUCAUCACUGCUGACUCGAAAUGGAGCAAUUCAGAGGCUGGUGAUGUUUUAAAACAAUACAAUGUACCAGAUUGGCCUUUUAUUGCAACAUAUUUAAUAAGCGAGGCAAGCCUCAUGAAGUCUUCAAGAUGGAGUAACUACAUAUCUGCCUUGCCUACGCAGCCUUAUUCUCUCUUAUACUGGACUCGUUCAGAGCUAGAUAGGUAUUUGGAAGCAUCGCAAAUAAGAGAACGGGCAAUUGAAAGGAUAAAUAACGUCAUUGGAACGUACAAUGAUUUAAAACUCAGAAUAUUUUCCAAGCAUCCUGAUUUAUUUCCUGAAGAGAUAUUCAACAUAGAGACUUUCAACUGGUCAUUUGGAAUUCUCUUCUCACGUUUGGUCAGGUUACCCUCUAUGGAUGGAAGAGUUGCGCUGGUUCCUUGGGCAGAUAUGCUGAAUCAUAGUUGUGAGGUGGAAACAUUUCUUGACUAUGAUAAAUCAUCUCAAGGAAUCGUCUAUACAACGGACAGGGCAUAUCUGCCAGGUGAGCAGGUUUUCAUAUCAUAUGGAAGGAAAUCUAAUGGAGAGCUUUUGCUUUCAUAUGGAUUUGUUCCUAGAGAAGGCACCAAUCCAAGUGACUCAGUUGAGUUGUCAUUGUCACUUAAGAAAUCUGAUAAAUGUUACAAGGAGAAGGUGGAAGCUCUAAAGAAGCAUGGAUUAUCAGCAUCGGAACGUUUUCCUAUACAAGUCACUGGUUGGCCAUUGGAGUUGAUGGCUUUUGCUUAUCUAGUUGUCAGUCCACCUAGCAUGAGCAGACAGUUUGAAGAGAUGGCUGCUGCUGCAUCAAAUAAGACAACAUCAAAGAAGGAUAUCAAGUACCCAGAAAUAGAAGAAGAAGCAUUGCAAUUUAUUUUAGAUAGUGUCGAAUCUAGCAUAUCAAAGUAUUCCAAAUUCCUUCAGGCAAGUGGAGAAAUGGAUCUCGACGUAACGAAUCCAAAGCAGCUAAACAGAAGAGUGUUUCUGAAACAGCUAGCAGUUGACCUGUGUACCAGUGAGCGAAGGAUACUCUUCCGUAGCCAAUAUAUAUUGAGGAGAAGACUGAGGGACAUAAAGAGUGGAGAAUUGAAGGCUCUGAAUUUAUUUGAUGGACUUAGGAACCUUUUCAAAUAACUUGAAGAAUGACUCUUCCACGAUUUUGAUAUCAACCCUUCUGUUUUCAACGAAGUUAGCCGCUGUUUCAAUGAUUAAAUUGUAACAACUCAUUGAUUGAUAAUUUGAGAUAGUAUAAGUUGGACUGAGCUCUCUUCCCUAAAUGUAUACUAGCUGUUGUAUGUUUCAACUUCACUUCAGGAACUUCUGUAUUUGUAUA